UACUUUAGACUAAAUAAAAAGUUACAAAGCCUUUAGUGUCAUAUCAGACGUUGGAAUAACCACUGUUCCUUUUCAUAGACCCAUGAUUGUAAUUAGAUAGUGUAAAAGGGGUAACUGAAAAAGUUCUGUGGCAGUUCGUCUGUAAUUACUGCGCAUGCUCUAAAAUCAGCCAUAUUGGAUGUGGAAGAAACCUUGGGAGGAGUAAUUGCAGAACAAAAUCCUUGAUGUCUCCAUGUGAACAGUGUAGGCUGUCCUACUUGAGCAGCAGGUAGAGAAGGCACCUGUUGUGUCAGAGCGCCUCGUGAUGCCUUCCCUACCUAAAGCAGGUAGCAUUAAAGACCCAGAGGUUGCUGCACUUUUCGCAACUGACGACCCAGAAAAAUUAUUUUUGGACCUGCGAGAAAUUGGUCAUGGAAGCUUUGGGGCUGUGUAUUAUGCCCGACAUGAACCAACUAAAGAAGUUGUGGCUGUCAAGAAGAUGUCCUAUAGUGGAAAGCAAUCUAAUGAGAAAUGGCAAGAUAUUAUAAAAGAAGUUAGAUUUUUGAAAGAACUAAAGCAUGACCAUACUAUUGACUACAAAGGGUGCUAUCUUAAAGAACACACAGCAUGGCUUGUGAUGGAAUAUUGUGUUGGUUCUGCGUCAGAUAUCCUAGAAGUGCACAAAAAACCUCUGAGAGAAGAUGAAAUUGGAGCCAUAUGUAAAGAAUGUUUGUUAGGUCUUUCCUACCUCCAUUCCUUAGGAAGAAUACACAGGGAUGUGAAAGCAGGCAAUAUAUUACUGACAGAUGCUGGGAUAGUCAAACUAGCUGACUUUGGUUCAGCUUCCAUAGUGUGUCCAGCAAACAGUUUUGUGGGCACCCCAUACUGGAUGGCCCCAGAGGUCAUCUUGGCCAUGGACGAGGGUCAGUAUGAUGGCAAAGUGGACGUCUGGUCAUUGGGCAUCACAUGUAUAGAACUGGCUGAGAGGAAGCCCCCACUGUUCAACAUGAAUGCAAUGAGUGCCUUGUAUCAUAUAGCACAAAAUGACUCGCCUAGUCUAUCUGGAGGGGAAUGGUCCGAGGAGUUUCGGGUGUUUGUAGAUUCUUGUUUAUUGAAAAGUCCAACUGAAAGACCUACUACAGAGGAGUUGCAAGAGCAUCCAUUCAUAACAAGUAAUAGGCCUCCAAAUGUGCUCACAGAUUUAAUAGAAAGGACAAAGAAUGCAGUGCGUGAGUUAGAUAACUUACAGUAUCGCAGGAUGAAAAAAAUUCUAAUGGCAGAUACUGAAGAGAGAAGUGUGAAUGGUCCCAUUUCAACAAUAACAGAAGAGUCAAGUGAUAUACAGGAGGAUGACUCCUCUAUCUGUGACAACAGCAGUAGCCGUGCUAACAGCAUCAACAGCACACAGAGCAUUAGCGAGGAGAUCAGUAGCCAUAGUGGUAGCCAAAACAGUCUUCCAGGAGCAGGGGCCGGGGAUGAUCACGAAGUUACAAGUCUUCAUAGGCCUAGAACCAAGUCGUCCAGAUCUAGGGCCACCAGUGGGAGUGUAGAACGUUCCAAUAACUUUGCCACCAUUAGGACGACCCACAUACUCAAUAAAGAAGCCAAGGAGCAUGAACAUGAAAACGAGUUACGAGAACAGAUGUCUGGGUACAAGAGAAUGAGGAGACAACACCAGAAGAUAUUACAGCAGGUUGAAAGUAAAUUCAAAGUUGAGAUGGAAGACCACAAACAGAAAUUAGACAAAGAAUAUGAGACUUUAAUACAAACCUUAACAAAAGAGCUGGAAAAGCUGAGAUCAAAGCACCUUGGAGAACUGGACAGGAGGACACGACAUAACCAGAACGCAGAGAAGAAACUGUGGAAAAACAUAACACAGCAGCAGGAGACGGAUAUGAAAAUGUUUGUGCAACAGCAGAAAAAAGAUUAUAAACUAAAUAAGGAGCAAAUUAAAAAACAAAUUGAUGAUGGCACCCCUAAAAAGGUUCGUGAAGAGAAUAUUCGCACACACAAGGAGACACUGCAACAACAGCAGCAGCAGGAGGAAGGCAAACUGAUCAACCAACAGAAGGUCGUAUUAGAAAAGGAAAUCCGCAAGUUCAGAAGACGGAAGCUGCUUCAGUAUCACACUCUGGAACAGGAAUUGUUACGCGAAGAAAUAAGUAGGCGUCAAGCUCAACUGGAGUUCUCCCACCAAAUGCUGCUGAGGCAUCACGAGUCCACACAGGAUCUGGAAUACAAACAGAUGGCAGCAGUGCAUAGGUUACGCGACGACCAGAUGCGCAAGCAACACCAGACUGAACUGGCCAACCAGAGAGAAUAUAACGGCAGGAUGGAGAGGGAGUUGAAGAAGAAACAUGCUCUGGAAGUCAAGCAACAGCCAAGGAGUUUGAAGCAAAAAGAGCAGCAAAUAAGAAAGCAAUUCAAUGACACCAUAAAAAUUCAGCAGAGACAGUACAAGGCACUGAAAGAUCAAAUUCUUCAAACAACACCCAAAAAUGAGCAGAAACAGGUGAUCAAAAAGCUGAAGGAGGAACAAAUGAGAAAGAUAGCUCAGCUAGGAGAACAGUAUGAGAAUAGCAUUGCUGAGAUGCUGCAGCAACAAAAUAUUAAAUUAGAUGAAUGCCAGAUAUCUGAAGCCAAUGAGCUGAAACACAGGCUGGACCAGGAGCUGGAACUGCUGAUGGCUUAUCAAAGUAAAAUCAAAAUGCAGCUGGAGGCCCAGCACCAGAGGGAGAAGAAACAGUUAGAGGAGAGAGUGUCAUUGAGGAGAGCUCUCUUAGAACAGAAGAUGGAAGAAGAUAUAAAUCAAUUCCAAGCAGAAAGGUCAGAGAGAGUGCGUAAACUCCAUGAACGCCAGGCUCAAGAGAUAGAGGAGUUUGACCUACAAACGACAACUAUGGGACUAAAUGCUAUAGAAAUUGCCGAGUCAGUUAUGGAGGAGCAGUUUCAAGAAGACGAAGUCAGUAUUAGGGGAAGUGUCCUCAGUCUCAGCACCAGUAGCAGCAGCAGCUCUUUUAGCCAGUGGCAGCAACAGCAGCAGUCGGCUACAUGAAGGCUAAUAGCAAUAGUAAAUGCUGAGACUGGACAGUAAGGGGGAAUCACCUUGUAAUUGAAUUAAGGGUGACGUACCUGGCACAUUUGGGCUGAGGACAAAAGCACUCCUCAGUAUUUACUUGAAGACGAAAAACCAUUCUCUAUGUAACUGAGGUUGAAAAGCCUCUUCUUUCAGGAUGAAGCACCCUCAAUAUGGGUGGAUGUCAGAUUACUGCUCUCUCUAGUACUGUCUGGUAUAAUUAAAACAUGGUAAAGGGGAAAUUUUCCCUGAAAUAACUUCUUCCCACAAGGCACUACUAAACAAAUAAUGGCACUGAGGCAGUUUUGUAGACAUCUUUUUUUUUUGUAUUAUACCAAUUGUACCAGCUAUGUAUAGUUCAGGUAACUUAAGUAUAUAAAUGCAUAUAUGAAGAUGCUGCCUUUGGCAGCGUAUGUACUGGCCAAGUCCUGUGUCUACAUAUGUGCUCCAUAUAGGUCUGGGGCUCUGUGAUGUUAAUACUCAUCUUCAUCAAUGUUCAAAUCAAGACAUUUGGUAGUAGAUAUGUUUUUUGUGUCAGCCUAUAUAAACAACCCAUUAUCACACUGUAUUCACAAUUACAGACAAACUUCGAUUUCACUUCCAUCAACACUUGAGCAUCCCUGGAUUGCUUUAUCAUUUUUAUUAUUAUUAUUACAUACGCCAUUCUAACCUCUUGAAUUUACAAGUAUACAAAGCAAGCAUAAUAGAUGUUCCUUACUUGAAAUUCAAUAUGUGGGUAUUUCGACACUAAUGAUUAAUUUUAUUGGUGAAAUAUUAUCAUACCAGUGUCCACUAUAAAUUAUCUCUUAGCUAUAGCAGUAAAUGAAUGUGUAUUAGUAUGGUAUUUGUACAGCUGGUUUAUAUUAUAAAUAGCAUGUGCAAUAAACAAACCCCAGGUAAUAUGUGAUGUAAAAAUAUGCUGCAUUUGAAAUCGUAAAAGGAAAAAUGUAGGGGUUAUAAUUUAGUCAGUUUGCUUGGAUAUCAAAUUAUAGCUGGGGGUAAUCCAACUUGAAAGCAAUUUUCAUUUUGGUCCAUGAGUGGUUGUUAAAUAUUUUAGGAAGUUGAUGUUUGCAAUAUUAUAAAGCUGAACAUACUGUUAAACAGAAAUAACUAUUGCCUUACUUAGCCUGUGACUAGCUUGAAGACGGGUCUGUUUUAUAUAACUGCUUAGUAAUGUUUUCUCUUAAAAGUAGAUCAUAAUAUUGUAAAAUUUUUCCCAGCUUUUCUGGAAGCCAUCUGCAAAAUGAACUAAUAUAAGUAAAUUUAAUUACACUAGCACCAACUUUCCAAGCAGUUAUAGAAUAGAUUAGAAAAGUCACAGUGUCACAUCUCUUGAAUGUUCCUACAACAGUAUUAUUUCAUAAAACAACCCCAAGACCUAAAAUGCAUUAUUCUCGCAUCUAUGACGCGAAAAUGGUCGACUUUAAAAUUGCAAUGUUUGAUAUAUGUAUGAGAAUAAGCACUGGGGGUUGGUUGAUGUUUAGAAAAUUCAACCUGUACUGUAUUAUAUGAAACAAACUGGGAGAGAUUUCCAUAUAGAGCAGAACAAACUAACCCGCUGUUUACAGUUAAUUCAUGGUGCUACUUGCAAUCAUUUUAUAUAAACAGCCAUUGGUAAUAAGGUAUGGCCUUGUUGGAUUGUUAACACGUCUACCUAUGUGUGUAGCCAGGACGUUCAUUAGUAAUAAUGAUUAUAACACGUGUAUGAUCUGCUCGUUGUAACCAUCAAGUGGCCUGUAGUAUCCUCAAGUGGUAUGAUAGAAUGGAGAGAAUUAUUGGACUUGAAUCACGGUAAUCAAAAUGCCUCUGAAGACAGGAACAGAGAGGAGACCGUUUGUUUGUUUAUUUAUUUACUUAAUUAUUAUUUGCUUCAGUUGGGUAUUAUUUACUGAUAUGAGAUAGAUGGUGAAGACUGUAUGAUUAAUUAAAUAAUUGUACAGGUACAUGUACAAUUCGUUUUAAAUAUCGUGUAAUAUAGUGCACUUCUCUGUACAUUACAUAUUUACAGAAGUUUAAUACACGUAGAUCAUUAAAAACUGUAUUAAACUUGUAGUUAUUUAACUUGGGAUAAAGUUACAUUAUUUUGCAAUUACAUGCAGUAAAUAUUAAAAUAAACCUUGAAAAUAA